ACAAAAAGAAACUCCCCAUGCCACUAGCAACUCAAUUUUUAUCAACUGGAAGGAUCAUGCCAACGACCAGCAACAGAUCCAGGUUUAUGAAAAUGGGGGUUCACAGCCAAAUGUCAGUUCACAGUUCAGGCUACGGUGCUUGGGAACACUAGGCACUGUUGAUGAAGACCUGUCAUCUCCUGAAAAUCUGAAAGGAUUCAUUGAAAUAAUAAUUCCAUUGUUAAUUGAAUGCUGGAUUGAAGCUUUACCUCCACAGCUAGCUGCUUCUGCUGGGAGUGGGGUAGAGCGAGAGCCUCUACAGGUUAUGCAGCAAGUCCUGAAUGUUAUUUCGCUGUUGUGGAAACUCUCAAAGCAGCAGGAUGAAACCCAUAUGUUGGAGUCAUGGCUUCGAAAAAAUUAUCUUACUGAUUUCAAACAUCAUUUUAUGAGUCAUUUUCCAUAUACCUUAAAAGAAAUAACCAAGCAACGGAAGAAAGAUACAAAUAAAAGCAUCAAGCAUUGCACAGUUCUCUCCAAUAAUGUAGAUCAUCUUUUACUGAACUUAACGCUGUCUGAUAUCAUGGUCUCGCUGGCAAAUGCUUCAACUUUACAGAAUGAUUCCAGUUGGAUAGAAACAAUAAGGAAAUUUGUGACGGAGACCCUUAAAGGUGGCACUAGACUGAACAGUAAACAGCUGAACAGAUUGCUUGGAGUCUCAUGGAGGCUAAUCCAGAUGCAACCAAACAGAGAUGCUACAGAGAAUCUCAUUAAGGCGGUUUAUACACUGUAUCAACAGAGGGGCCUGCUUCUUCCAGUUAGGACUUUGUUAAUCAAAUUUUUCAGUAAGAUAUAUCAGAAAGAAGAACUGAGAUCUUACAGAUUGAGAUACCGAAGCAGAGUGCUAUCCAGUUGGCUAGCCAGCUUACCAUUGCAGCUCUCUUACCUUGGCUCCCGAAACCCUGAACUAUCCACACAGCUUAUUGAUAUUAUUCAUACUGCUGCAUCACAAGCAAAUAAGGACUUACUGAAGAACUUACAAGCCGCUGCUCUACGGAUUUAUGAUCCUCAAGAAGGCGCUGUGGUAGUUCUUCCUGCAGAGUCUCAACAGCGUUUGGUUCAGCUUUUGUAUUUUCUACCUACCCUGCCUGCUGAUUUGCUUUCUCGGUUAAGCCGGUGUUGCAUAAUGGGAAGACUCGGCUCAAGUUUGGCUGGCACGCUUAUUGGGAUACUUUACAUGAGAUCAUCUUUUUCUGGAUGGAGCCACUCGGUUAAUGACAGCUUAAUGACUGAUGUGGAUUAUCUCAGCUUCUUAUUUUCUACACUUACAGGGUUUUCAAAAGAGGAGUUGGCCUGGCUUCAGAACCUUCGAGGCGUUCCUCAUGUCAUCCAGACAUCACUUUCUCCUGUGCUUCUUUACCUUACAGACUUAGACCAGUUCUUGCACCACUGGGACAUAACAGAGGCAGUUUGUCACAGUUUAUUGGUUAUUCCUGCCCGAAGCCAGAGCUUUGACAUCAUGCAGAGUGCCAUCAGUAACCAUUUGGUUGGGUUGACUGUUAUUCCUGACAGCACAGCUGGCUGUAUAUUUGGAGUGAUGUGUAAGCUCCUGGAUCAUACGUGUGUAGUUAAUGAAACUCUCCUGCCAUUCCUAGCUUCUUGUUGCUACAGCCUUCUUUAUUUUCUGCUUACUCUAGAGAAAGGGGAUACAGAACAUCUAAAAAAGAGGGACAAGCUGUGGGAGGUUUGUGUCUCCAUCCUGGGUCUCAUGCCUAGAGUCCUUAGGUUGAUGCUGCAGAGUCUACGGGUGAAUAGAGCUUCUCCAGAGGAGCUGCCUGUUGUAGGCCAGCUGCUUCGCUUGUUGCUCCAGCAUGUGCCUCUUAGGUCGCACAUGCUGACCAAUGCCAUCAUAGUGCAGCAGAUUAUCAAGAAUAUCACGACUUUGAAGAGUGGCAGUGUUCAGGAGCAGUGGCUUACAGACUUACAUUACUGCUUCAGCGUGUACAUCAGUGGCCAUCCCCAAGGGCCUAGUAUAUUGAAUGCAUUGUAUUAAAGAAGCACCAUGGUACCUCCUAUUUGAAAUUAAUUGUUCAUGCACAUUCAUUUUAUUUUGAAGAAAGUCUGAUGUAACAGAUAUUUGCCAUUAAACCUCAACUUUUAAAGAA